AGGAGAAACGUUUUCAUCAUGACUAUGUUACCCCUAUUAAGGGCAUUUACGUCAAAAUAAAAGGGCAAUAUUCAUCCACGUGUACAACAAACAACAACAACACCACAUUACAAACCAUUUAAUCCCCUAUAUAAAAUGUGCAACGUUUCUCCUACUUACAAAUCUUUCCUUCCACAACCACAAGAACAAACAAGAGAGAGAGAGAGAAAGAGCAAAGGUUGAGAAAAAAAUGUGUAGAGGUUUGAAUGAAGAAGAGAGCAGAAGAAGAAGCGACGGAGGAGGAGGAGGUUGCCGGAAUCUAUGCACGACACCGAGUGUUCCGGUUAGGUGUGAGCUUUGUAGCGGAGACGCCUACGUGUUCUGUGAGGCUGACUCGGCGUUUCUUUGUAGGAAAUGUGACCGGUGGGUUCACGGAGCGAAUUUUCUAGCUUGGAGACACGUGAGGCGCGUGCUAUGUACUUCUUGUCAGAAACUCACGCGCCGGUGCCUUGUCGGAGAUCACGACAUCCACGUUGUUUUAACGUCGGCGACGACAACCCUGGAGGAUAAUAGAAGUGAACAAGUUAGUAGCAAUCAUGAUGAGGUUCCGUUUGUGUUUCUCUAAUUUUUAGUUUUUUUUUUUUGGUGUAAGAUAUAAAUAUUCCUAGGGUUUUAAUGCAAUUUUCUAUAAGAAAAAGUCUCGGAAAUUUAUAAUUUAUGAAGCUUAGAAUUUUAUGAAAAAUGGGUA